AAUAUAAGCAGCCUGCAUGUCAACUUGUUGCAUUUCAGGUCUUGCAAGAAACUGCAAGAAAAAAAAAAAACUCACUCCAGCCAUGACUUGGAUUGGACUUCUUCAAGGAGUUGGAAUUCUUCUGAUUGCCUCCCAAACAAAUCUCAGAGUGGAGUCCAGAGAAAUCGACGUGCCGUUCCCACCGGCCCGGCCCACGACGCUCAACCUGCCCGCCAUCUGCAGCCAAGGUCAGGGCCGCCCCAGGUACCCGGAGAGCUUCUUCCCAAGGAGCGGGGCGGGCCACUUUAGGCGCCGCGCCAAGGCCAUCAACCGACUGGAGUCGUGGUACGCUCACUGCUGCUGUCUGGACACGGAGGACAGGGACGCCGCCGUCCUUUGCUGCACAAGGCAAGCUUGGAAGCAGGCGCUCGGCCAGUUCUGCAUCGAGGAGUUCGGAACCAUGACGGCGCACUACGAGUGCUGCAGGAAGCAAGGAGACGAGCGCUGGACCUGCUUUGACAGCGAACUGCCAAACCCGGACUACCUUGCCACGCCGGGCUACAUCGCACCCACAAUGCCCGUCGAGCCCGACUUUGCCUUCGACCCAAUUGCUUGCUGAAGGUGUUCAGAAGAUCAGUGUUUUCAGCCAACCAGAGGGAUUGAUUCUGCCCAAGUAUUAGAAAAUAAGUCAUAUUUUGAACUUUUCUUUUGUAAAUAAAAGAUAUGAUGACCACUGUACGCUGUCACUGCAGUCUAUCGCUGCAAUCUGUGAUAUGUCCACAAGAGGUCCCUGUUUUCAUGGGAAAAGUUGUGGGAAGGACGCGUCUUGUUGUUUACAGUUUAUCAUGAAUUGGAAGUUGUACCAGAAAACUUAAUCAACACUUUAAUAAGUUUCCACUGUGA